CAGAGGCCGCCGCGAUGCUCCCCUCCUUGCAGGAAUCGCUGGACGGGGAUGAAAAGGAGCUAGAGAGCAGCGAAGAGGGCGGCUCCGCCGAGGAGCGGAGACUCGACCCGCCGCCCAGCAGCCACUACUGUCUCUACAGCUACCGCGGAAGCAGAUUGGCACAGCAGCGAGCGGACAGCGAUGAUGGAAGCCCAGGUGGCACAAAUGCAGAAACUCCCUCUGGUGAUGAUUUCAGCCUCUCCUUGGUGGAUACUAAUCUACCAUCUGAACUGGAGCCAGAGCUACGCAGUUUCAUUGCGAAGCGUCUUUCUAAGGGAGCAGUCUUUGAAGGGCUGGGUAAUGUUGCAGCUGUAGAGCUGAGAAUUCCAGGUUACCGAGUCGGUUGUUAUUACUGCCUUUUCCAACAAGAAAAACUGCUUCCCCAAACAGCAUCAACGGACUCUGAGCAGAAGUCUUCAGAGUUUGUGGUCUGUUUUUUAGGAGGGUCUGAAAAAGGGCUUGAGCUUUUCAGGCUUGAAUUGGACAAAUACAUUCAAGGGCUGAAAAAUAGCAUGAACUGUGAGGAAAGUGGUGGGGAGAACCACAUCCAGUCUUACCUAAGCAGCUGGUUUGCAGAUGUUGUUUGCCCCAUCCAAAGGGUGGUCCAUCUCUUUCAGGAGAAGCUCACCUUUCUGCUACAUGCUGCUCUGAGUUAUACUCCUGUUGAGGUUAAAGGAUCAGAUGAAAAAACAAAGAGAGACAUUCACAGGUUUCUGAGCGUGGCUAGUCUCCAAGGGCUUAUUCACGAAGGCACCAUGACAUCCUUGUGCAUGGCCAUGACGGAGGAGCAGCAGAAGUCUGUGACCAUCGACUGCAGCAGCUCCCAGCCUCAGUUCCACAAUGCAGGGAGCAACCGGUUUUGUGAGGAUUGGAUGCAGGCUUUUAUGAAUGGUGCUGAAGGAGGUAACCCUUUUCUUUUUCGACAAGUCCUGGAGAACUUUAAACUAAAGGCCAUACAAGACACAAAUAAUUUGAAGAGAUUUAUCCGGCAGGCAGAAAUGAAUCAUUAUGCUUUGUUUAAAUGUUACAUGUUCCUGAAGAACUGUGGUAGUGGAGAUAUCCUUUUGAAGAUUGUUAAAGUGGAACACGAAGAAAUGCCCGAAGCCAAAAAUGUGGUAGCUGUCCUCGAGGAAUUUAUGAAAGAAGCUCCUGCCCAGAGUUUGUGAUGACGUAUUUGGAGAUGAUUGUAUUGUGAAGUCAUGCAAGCCGUGGUAUUUAAAACUGGUAGUUUUAUAACAGUCAUAGGAUUGCUAUUUCAGAUUAUUGGAAAACACAUUCUAGAUUUUUUCAUUUUGUGUCUUCAAGAUUAAACCCAAUUAGAUGUAUAAAUCUGAGGCACGUCUUCACAGUCAUAGAUAGGUGUAUGUUAGAAUUGUGAAAUUUUUACGUUGCUGGUCCUGUAAGUUCUAGCUUCAGGGAAUUGCUGCUUAAGACCUUCAGAGGUGAUUUUGCGGCUUCUCUAAGGAGUUUGCUGCAGUAUUUAGCAACUCUCCCUCCCAGAAAAAUCAUAAUACUUCUUUUUCUCAAGGUACUGUUGUUGUUGUUUAGUCGCUAACUCAUGUCUGACUCUUCUGUGACCCCCAUGGACUGCAACCCGCCAAGCUCCUCUGUCCAUGGGAUUUCCCAGGCAAGGAUACGGAAGUGGGUUGCCAUUUCCUUCUCCAGGGGAUCUUCUUGACCCAGGGAUCAAACCCUCGUCUCCUGCGUUGGCAGGCACAUUCUUUACCACUGAGCCACAGGGAAUCCCUCAAUGUACUAUAGCUUCUUUCAAAAAAGUUAUUCCUAGUUUCAGGACAGAUUAAUACCAUGCCACCAUUUCAAAGACAGAUCUCUGCAUCCUGUGGGUGCUUGAUGGAUUUUUUUUUUUUUAUGGAUUUUCGAUUGAUAAUGGCAUGGAUGAUGAAGGCAGCUUUCAUGUCAAUAUGCAAAUAAAUCAUGAGUGUGUAACGAAUUAAAUGAACUUUAAAAAUAGGUGCACUAGCUUCAAGAUAAGACAUUAUCUCUGAUGGAAGGCUACUGUAGAAGUGGCCCCAGCACUUUUCUUCAUUCUUUUGUUCACAGGUAUUUGCCAAGAGCCUAUAAUUUCUCUUUUCUUUUAUAUGAAAAUGCUGGAGUUUUUAAAUGGAGUGUUAAAAAAGAAACAAAGUACAUCAAUUUUACAAACGUAAAAUAAAGAACUUGCACAGAGAUUCUUCACAUUGAUUUUCGUUUUCUGUACAUGUGUUACAAGCCUUAUAUUGUUUCACUCUGAAUCGACUGAAAGUGCCCUGCGUUAGAGCCAUUUAUAAUUCCCGUGGAAGCCAGCUGUAGCUGCACACAUUUGACUGCAGUUUGUUCUGCAUAGCUCUGUAAUUAAUCCAUUUGAUAAUGAUUUUUGUUUGGAAGAUCAGCAGUCUAGUUCUCACUGCCCUCAGGAUGCUCAGAGGAACAGAAGCCCGUAAAGCUCCUCUCCUAAACUCAUCUAAAUUCGUAUUAAGUGCUGAGUUUUAACUUUCAAGAUGACUGACAAUGGCCUUCUGCUUUCUCUUUUACAGAAAUCUAGAGAUGUGACUCACUGAGCCAUUUCUUUUCUUUAAUGGGAAAUACAAUUCAGGAUCCUCAUAAAGGCUUUCAUAUAGUUUUAAACUUUAAUAACUUGGAUUGUAGUCAGUGUAGAAAAAAAUCCAAGUACCAUCUUUUUUAUAGCAUUCAGAAUGACUAUGGGAAAUUUUAUGGCACAACC